ACCACGGCCGCUCCACUCGCGUGCCCGCUGCUCGUCGUUCGGUUGUUUCCCCGUGCACGCGGAGAUGGGGACGAUGUGAGCGGGUCAGCGCGUGGCCUCCACGAGACUCACGCUUAUCUCCGGUAGAGGUGGAGCGGGUGGAGCUGAACGAUGGCGAGUGCGUCAGUGAAGGUGGCGGUGCGAGUCCGUCCGUUCAACUCCCGGGAGAUGGGACGCAAUGCCAAGUGUGUGAUCCAGAUGCAGGGAAACACCACGUGUAUCUCCAACCCCAAACAACCCAAAGAUGGAGCCAAGAACUUCUCCUUUGACUAUUCCUACUGGUCACACACGACGAAUGACGACCCCUGCUUUGCGUCUCAGAGGCAGGUGUACAAAGACAUUGGAGAGGAGAUGCUGCUUCACGCCUUUGAAGGAUACAAUGUGUGUAUUUUUGCAUACGGCCAGACGGGUGGAGGAAAGAGUUACACCAUGAUGGGCAAACAGGAGCCUGGACAGGAGGGGAUCAUCCCACAGCUCUGUGAAGAACUGUUUCAGAGAACAGGAGAAAACGCAGAUCCUGACCUGACGUACUCUGUGGAGGUGUCCUACAUGGAGAUCUACUGCGAGCGGGUCAGAGAUCUGCUAAACCCAAAGUCCCAGGGGACACUGCGGGUUAGAGAGCAUCCCAUUCUGGGGCCGUAUGUGGAGGACCUGUCCAAACUCGCUGUGACCGGAUUCACCGACAUCCGGGACCUGAUGGACGCCGGCAACAAAGCCCGGACAGUUGCGGCCACAAACAUGAACGAGACCUCGUCCAGGUCACACGCCGUCUUCACCAUUGUGUUCACCCAAAAACGACGAGACCAGAUGACCAGCCUGGACACUGAGAAGGUCAGUAAGAUCAGUCUGGUUGACUUGGCUGGAAGCGAGCGAGCUGACUCGUCGGGGGCUAAGGGCACCAGGCUCAAGGAAGGAGCCAACAUCAAUAAAUCUCUCACCACAUUGGGAAAGGUGAUAUCCGCUUUGGCUGAAAUGCAGAGCAGUAAGAAGAGGAAAAGUGAUUUUAUUCCCUACAGAGACUCGGUGCUCACCUGGCUACUGAAGGAAAACCUGGGAGGAAACUCUCGAACGGCCAUGAUUGCUGCUCUAAGUCCUGCUGACAUCAACUAUGAAGAAACACUGAGCACCCUGAGAUAUGCUGACCGUGCCAAACAGAUCCGUUGUAACGCUGUGAUCAAUGAAGAUCCAAACGCCCGACUGAUCAGAGAGCUGAAGUCUGAAGUGGAGCGACUGAGAAACCUGCUCUUCUCCCAGGGCCUGCAGGAACUGCUGGAUAACGCUGCCAACAACAACAAUGGCCCUGCUGGUGUUGCAGGUGUGUGCCCCUCCCCCCUGCAGCUGGCCCUUGAAGCCAAUGGAAUCACACCUCAGAAUGGCUCCGCCCCUCCAGUCUCCAGUGAGGCGUCGUCCUCGGGGGAUGCAGCGGCUGACCCAGAGGACCUGAUCGAGGAUGGAGAAGACGGGGAGGAGGCCAUCAGCAAAGAGGAGGCAGCUGAGAGACUGAUGGAGACGGAGAAAUUCAUCGCUGAGCUAAACGAGACGUGGGAAGAGAAACUAAGAAAAACCGAAUCCAUACGCCUGGAUAGAGAGUCCCUGCUGGCAGAAAUGGGCGUGUCCAUCAAAGAGGACGGAGGAACGUUGGGCGUCUUCUCUCCUAAAGGGACUCCUCACCUGGUCAACCUGAAUGAAGACCCUCUGAUGUCUGAGUGUCUCCUCUACUACAUCAAGGAGGGUUUCACCAGGGUUGGACAACAGGAUGUGGACAUUAAACUGUCAGGAGACUUUAUAAAGGAGAUUCACUGUGUGUUCGUCAGCGAGCUCACCGAGCAGGGAGAAGUGGUGGUCACUCUGGAGCCGUUAGUCGGAGCCGAGACGUACGUGAACGGGAAAGAGAUCAAUGACGCAGUCGUCCUCAAACAAGGUAACCGCAUCGUGAUGGGGAAGAACCAUGUGUUCCGCUUCAACCACCCGGAGCAGGCCAGGCUGGAGAGGGAGCGCAGCGUGACAGCCGAGCAGCAGGAGGAGCCAGAGGACUGGAACUACGCUCAGAAGGAGCUGCUGGAGAAACAAGGCAUCGACAUCAAACUGGAGAUGGAGAAGAGGCUGCAGGACAUGGAGACUCAGUAUCGUAAAGAGAAGGAGGAGGCUGAUCUGCUGCUGGAGCAACACAGGCUGUAUGCCGACAGUGACAGCGGUGACGACUCGGACAAACGCUCCUGUGAGGAGAGCUGGAGGCUGAUUUCCUCCCUGAGAGAGAAACUACCUGCCAACAAGGUCCAGUCCAUCGUGAAGCGCUGUGGUCUGCCCAGCAGUGGGAAGAGGAGGGAGCCGCUCAGAGUCUAUCAGAUCCCUCAGAGGAGGAGGAUCAGCAAAGACCCCAAACGGGUCACCAUCGAAGACCUCCGCAUGCAGGCCGUCAAAGAGAUCUGCUACGAGGUGGCUCUGGGAGAUUUCCGUCAAUCCCGCCAGGAGAUCGAGGCGCUGUCCAUCGUCAAGAUGAAGGAACUCUGUCGCAUGUACACCAAGAAGGACGCCAACGAGAGGGAGAGCUGGAGGGCCGUGGCCCAGGACGUAUGUGACACCGUGGGCAUCGGAGAGGAGAGGAGCCCCCCCGCGGAGGAGGGAGGAGGAGGAGGAGGAGGAGGAGGAGAAGGGGGAGAAGGGGGAGCAGGAGAGACAGGGGAGGGAGGAGAGAAAGUAAAAGUGUACGACCUGAAGGCUCACAUCGAUAAACUGACAGACAUUUUGGAGGAGGUGAAGCUGCAGAACAACAUGAAGGACGAGGAGAUCAGAGCUCUGAGAGACAGAAUGAUCAAGAUGGAGAGCAUCAUACCUGUGCAGGAGGACGACAUGAAUGGGGAAGAAGACGAGGGUGAUCAGAGAGACGGGGACGAAGGCAGCGGGGACGUCCCCAAACAGCCCGAGGUCAGAGUCAAGCGGCUGAUGGACGAGGACCCGGCCUUCAGGAGAGGGCGCCUCCGCUGGCUGAAACUGGAACAGCAGAGAAUCCUGAACCUGCAGCAGCAGAACAUCACCAAGAAGCUCCGAGGACAGAACCAGACCCAGGGUCCGAACACCCCCAUCGUCCCUGUUCACCUCCCGGGGACCGGCCGCUUCAUCCCCCCCCAGGAAUGCAAACUGAAGUUCCCCUUUAAGAGUAACCCCGCCCACCGCUUGUCAUGGGGACCAGCCAGCGCCGCCCUGCAAGCCCUGGGUCUCGGGGAAGGCGGAGGAGAUGGAUGGGAGGAGGGGGGGGGAAUGGAAGGUAAAACUUCUCCAUCACCUCCUCCCCCUCAGGUGCACUCUCCUGCUCUCUUGCCCCUCCCCUUCCUGGUCCCGCCCCCUCGCAUGCGCACCCCCAGCCCCCAUCGCGCCUGGCAGCAGCGCAAUCCAGGCAACCAGGGUCACCAGGGCGGCUUCAACUACCAUCAGCAGGGCAACAACCACCAUCAGCAGGGCAACAACCACCAUCAGCAGGGCAACAACCAGAACCACCACCAGCGCCGCCAACGCCGCAACUCUCUGGAUAGCUCCACCCAUGGCAACAGUAGCUACGACGGCGACCAGCAUCACGGUGGCGAUGGCGGUGGCGGUCACCAGGGGCGACCACGACAGAGGAGGGGGGUGUCCCCAGGGCCUGGAGGGGAGUGGGGGGGAGGUAGAGGAGGAGGAGGAGGAGGAGGUGGUGGUGGUGGUGGUGGGAGGGACGGGAGAGACAGAGACAGAGACGGGAGCUUCCAUUUUAAUCAACAACAGCACCAUCAGUUCCACCACCACCCCUACUACAAUCCCCACAAUGCACCAUUCCAGCCAGGACCUCAUCCUAACUACCACAGCUUGCCACGCUCGUGCCCGCCCCUUCCCGACAUGCUGAUUGGGGCGGGCCCACCGCCGGGAGGGUGGGGCUUCACCACUCCUCCGAGGAUGAGACGACAGUUCAGUGCACCGGACCUCAAACAAAACAAGGAGACGCCCAUCUGACCUCUGACCUCCGACACAUGGAUGACUCUGAUUGGUUAAAGGGCACAGGGCGGUCCUGAUGCUGUAGAGAUGCGUGUGCGUGCGUGUCUGUGUGUGUGUGUGUUUUGCUGCACUUUCCUAUACUGAGUCAACCCAUCACACACAUCCUGUAUCUUCAAUCCUGCUGUGUGUGUGUGUGUGUGUUUGUGUGUGUGUGUGUAGCUUUUACGUUCACAGGUUAGCUGUUGCCAUUGCAACACUGUUUUAUUUUUUGCUGUUGGUUGGAUUGUCAAACAAGAUGGAAGUUUAUUAUGUAAUGACUUAGUUUUAUUGGUCUUCCAUAUCGAUUGAAGUUGUUGUCACGAUCAGUCAUUUAUCACGAGGUGCUAACGUGUUAGCUCCUGAGGCUACUUCGUGUUAGCAGAAUUUUUUUUUUUUUUAAAGAUGAAGUGCGUUGAGUUGAGUUUUAGGGCAGAGCGGAUGUUUGCACUUACACACACUUCAGCUUUUGCUCCUUUGUUUUAGCUGCUGUUAGCCCAGGAGGCUAACGACAGCUAACUAGCCUGAUUCAGCCUGAGCAUUCUGUGUUAGCGAGGGCUAGCCAGUUAGCAUAAGCAAGGAGCAAGGGACGGCUCUUUAGCUUUUCAGGCUAAUAGGUAGUGAAAUGCUACACAAGCCUAAGUUUAGCCUAGCCCAGCCAACGCAGCAUUCAUGUUAUAUGGGAACUACAGGUUGUACGACUUCGAUUUCAACACAUUGAAAUCAGUUUAGUUUUACAUUUAUUUUAGAUUAAAACUGUUUAUGAACUUAACAGCAAUAUCUUCUUCACGUUGCAUCAUUGAGGAGAGCUAACAUUUGGGAAUGAAAGGCUAACUGACCACGUUUUAGCAUGAAUGCUCCAAGUUUCGCGUUCUGAAGAAAGACACAAAUGUGGCUCUAACUUUAAAUAGGGAAACGGUAGUGAAUGAAAAAUGGAAUCGUGAGUUGAAUGUUUCGGGUGUUUUUCCGUUGUUGAAGCAGAGGUCGUACGCAAUCUUGUUCCUCCCAUGUGACUUGAAUGCUGAGUCGCUAAGUGCUACAAACCAAAGAAAGCUGCUGUGUGGCGCCACCUGCAGGUGAGCCGACGGCCACACUGCUGUACAGACAGACGGGGUCGAGGAAGUUGUAAAUGUUGAUGCGACUUGCGCGCAGAAUCGUUUUAAAGCGUGAUGUGUGUAUAUUUGAUUUGAGUUUCUAUGAAGAUGAAUCUAUUUUAAGAAAAACACUCGUGCUGAGUUCACUAUCAAAGGCAAUCGUGGGAGAAGCAGGAAGUGAGAGCUAAUGUGCGAUGAAGUAAUCAUGGUGGAUUAUAGUUAAUGUAGGGAUGUGUGAGGAGGGAACUCUGGGAAAUGUAGUCAGAGAGAGGAGUUUGGAUAGAGAAGGCAGAGAAUGAGGAGAAGGAGAUUUUGUUUUGAUGCUUUGUUUUUGAGAAACACGAGGACUCGUUCCUCCAUCAGGACCUGACACUACUUCAUAUUGAAUUUGUCCUGAAGAGACGAGGAGCGAACACUGACUUCCUGCGACGACAGGAAGAUGAAAACUGUGGCUUCCUCUCGUUUGAGAGUCACUUUAAAGACUGACUUUAUUUUUUUCAAUAUAACGACAGAGAAGCCAGAUAUUUGUUUUCAGCUGCGUCCGACUGAGCUUUAACAGACUUUUUUUGGUUUACUCCUGCGAAUAACAAGAAUCUAUAUUAUUGAUGAAUCAAUAAAUGUUCAAAAGAGAGUUUAAAAAAAAAGCGUCUGAGGUGGAAGUCGAAAACAUUUUAAGACGGAGAAAAGCUGAAUUGAUUUAUGACUGAACUGAUUGACAGUUAAACAGAUUAUUCUGUCGUUCUCUGAAUCAUUUUAUCUCUAAAUAUGUUUGCAACGGUCAAGUUCUUCCUGCUGCGUUCCCCUCUGAAAUGUAGGAUGUGGUAAAAACAGCUGAACGUAGCGGUUGAGUUUUAAUGUACGCAAACGACAAAAGGUUUACUGUCAGGAGGGGCGGGGCGUUAAAACCCCAACCCCCCCACAAAGUAAGGCAUUGUGGGAGAUGACGAGUGGAGUUUUUGUGCUCCCUAACCGUUAAGACCUUCUCACAAAGAAGGUCAGAACCAACCAAUGGGAAACGCUCCCUCUGGUUGGGAGGUAGUUGCCACAAUAUUGGUGACAUAAACACAGGAAUUGAUUAUGAUUGGCCCGAGAAGCGUGACAUCAGCAGCCCUUAAGUUCCACCUUGUUACGCUCUGCUGUCUCUGGGAUCGUGGGACAAUCUGGAUGACCUGUUGCCGCUGCCGGUCAUGAGGGGAAAAUAAGUUUUCCUAUUUGUUUAUGGUUUUUCAGUUUUUCUUAUUUUAAAUUUUUUUUCCAGCUCUGGUCUCUGAUUGGCUGGUUUUUACUUUUUCUCUUUGUGUACUCAUUUCUUCCGGAGCGUUUUAACCCCGCCUCCAUGUUUUUUUCUUUGCUUCAUGAUGCCUUCAUCACUAUUAUUGAUAUAAUUAUGAAGUUUUAAGUGUCAUCAAUGUUGGGUCCUUGCUGCUAAAGGGAGAUUGUUCACCCUCAUGCAAAUGUCUGUGUGCAUGUGUGUGUGCGUGCGUGUCUGUGUGUGUGUGUGCCUGUCUCUGUGUGUGUGCGCAUUUCCUGGUUAAUUUAGAGUCAUAAUCAAAAGUUUGUUUUUCUUUAUAAAGCGGAUUUUAUUGUUUUUCUUUUACUCGUUUGUUUUUGGGAGUUUAGGGGGGGGGGUCUGGCGGUUGUAGGAAGCCAUGUCCAUGGCAACUCGACUGAACAGAACUCCAACCUUCAAACCAUAAGAUCACAGCAUGAACAUGGACAUGAUGACAUCAGGCUGUAGCCCCCCUCCUAUUGGCUCGAUUGUUUGUGUGUCUGUGUUGUUGUAUCAGGAACCAAUCUCAGGCUCUACCUGCAGACAACAUGACGGCAAUAAAGUGUCGACAAACACGA